AUUUGCAUUCCUGACGGCGCAAGAAAUCAUAUAAAUACAAAUAACCAUGAAUAACCCAAUUCAGAUUCAGAAUAAGCAUCCUCCUUCGUUCCUAUCCUUUCCUUUCUUUCUUUUUCCGUUCGAGUUUUCAAUUUAAAGCUUAUUAUUGAUACAUAUUUUUGUCCUGUCAUUUAUUUAUUUUUAAUUAUUUAUACAUAUUUUUACCCGUCUAUUAUUUAUUUUUAUUAUCGGUGUUGAUGAUCAAGUGGUCGCGAAGGCCGUCGGCGCCAGCACCACCAAAAAGGUUUUUAGUGAAGGUGAAACCAUGGAAGCUCGAGGGGUUGGAUAUGGAAGAAGAUGUAGUUAAAAUGGUAGCCAUUGAAACAAGGUGGAAGGGGCCUAAGAGUGGAUUACUAGUCCCAUUUCAUCGACCGUCGAAAACGCCAAGAGAUAUUUCGAGCAUAAGAAUUGCAAGAGGAGAAUCCAUUGAAUGGGAUGAAGAGUUCCAGAGCAUAUGCGAUUUUUCAGUCUUUUCAAAGGAUAAAUUCUCUUUCUCGCCCUGGGAAGUUUCCUUCAAAAUUAUACAUGUAAGAAGAGCAGAAUCAAAGGGUAGUAAAGGGACCGUGCUAGGGAAGGCGUCCCUAAAUAUAGGGGAGCUGGCCUCAAAGAUGGAGCCCCUCGUUGAAAGAAAGCUACCCAUCACCUUAUACCACGCUACCGGUUCUAACACACAAACUACACUUUUGAUAUCUGUGAGCUUUGUGGAGAUCAGAAAUUGUCAAGACGAGUUUGGAAUUGUUCAAAAUGCGGCUGAGUUGGACAGGGUCGCCAGAAACAUCGUUAAGUCAAAUUCAAAUAAGGAAGACUGGUUCUUCAGAAGGCUCCUGAAAAAGAAGACCGAGAUCAUGAGAAAGGCCCGCCAGGACGUUGAGAGUUCUGGUGACACCGACGAGUCAGCUGUGUUUGACUCAGAAGGUUCACCCAGGAAUGAGUCAAGUGGCGUGAUUGAUAGUGAUGAUAACAAGUCGAAGAUGAUAAUGGAGUUGGAAUGGCCUCCGAGUUCAGAGACUCAGCCGGACUCAGUUCAGAAGGUUGAGCUUUUGUCAUGGAAGAGAAAGAGGUUGAGCUCUGGGUCAGUGAGAAAGAAAAUAGAGCUGCUGUUUAAGAAGACCAGCCGUGUUGAUGAUAACCCGGUUGUCCAUGCCGAUCACCAACUCAGUGGUUCUUCCCCAACCGAGUCAAUUCAUUCUGAUUCUGAACUGAGUCUCCUCACUGGUAGCUGGGAGUCAAAGGAACUGGGGAGCAGGGACGGGCAAGCAGUGCUCAAUGCCAAUUUGUUCUUUGCCUCGUUCGAUCAAUGCAGCGAGCAAGCUGACGGAGAGGGCGCCUGCACUGCAUUAGUCACUGUAAUCGCCAACUGGCUCCAAUCAAACCAAGGUGCAAUGCCCACAAGACCGGAAUUCAAUGACCUCAUUACUCGAGGCUCCUCUGAGUGGAGAAAGCUUUGCAGCAGUGAAGCCUACACAAAUGCCUUUCCCGACAAGCAUUUUGACCUCGAAACUGUGCUGCAGGCUCGCCUGAGGCCUCUCUCUGUUCGGCCCGACAAAUCUUUUGUGGGUUUUUUCAGCCCAGAAAAGUUUGAACUCUUGAAAGGACGCAUGUCUUUUGACGAAAUAUGGAAUGAAAUUACUAGCAAUCUUGAAGAUUAUGAAGAAAGCGUUUACAUAGUUAGUUGGAAUGAUCAUUUCUUCGUGUUGAAGGUUGAAGCCAAUGCUUGCUAUCUCAUUGACACACUGGGUGAGCGGCUCUUCGAGGGGUGCAAUCAGGCUUACAUAUUAAGAUUCGAUGAAUCAUCUUCAAUGUGCAGGAAGGUGAAGAAAGAAGAAAGUAGCUCAGAGGAAAGAACUGGAGUGGAGACUUCUGAUCAAGGGCAGGAGGGGGAAGAAAUAAUUUGCAGGGGCAAAGACUGUUGUAGAGAGUUUAUUAAGAGGUUUCUUGCUGCCAUACCACUUAGUGAGCUGGAAACAGAAGAACAAAAGGGUACAAUUUCUAGUCUCUCACUUCAUCAGCGAUUGCAGAUCGAGUUUCAUUUUAGUUCAUCAUCGUUGUCAUCCUCGUCAUCUUCUUCUACCACUUCCACACUUUCUCUUUUCUCAUGAUUACAAAAAGUAAACACCACGUACAUUUGGAGAGUAAGAAAAUUCUUUUGGAAUUCUUGGGAUUUCAAGGAUUUGCAAUAAAAGGGAAAAGUUAAAAGCAGCAAA